CCACAUUUGGACGCAGCACUCCAGUUGCCAGGGACUUCAUCUGAUUGCCACGUCCUUUCAAAUAUCACAGAGAUGGGCUUGGCAACUACUUCAGCCAAUUCUCUCAGGACUUUGGGAUGCAUCUCAUUGGGACCCAUGGACUUGCGGAUGUUCAGGACGUUGAGAUAUAUUUACGGAUGUUUGCAGAAGUCUGUUCAAAGCAAGUGGCCAUCUAAUACCAAUAUGAGAACAAGAGUUGUUAGUGGCUUUGUUUUUCUUCGACUGAUUUGUCCUGCUAUACUGAAUCCAAGGAUGUUUAAUAUCAUCUCAGAUUCCCCUUCCCCUACUGCUGCAAGAACGCUGACGCUGGUUGCCAAGUCUGUGCAGAAUUUAGCAAAUCUGGUUGAAUUUGGAGCUAAGGAGCCAUAUAUGGAAGGGGUAAAUCCAUUCAUCAAGAGUAACAAACAUCGCAUGAUCAUGUUCUUAGAUGAACUUGGGAAUGUUCCUGAGCUUCCAGACACUACGGAGCAUUCUAGAACUGACUUAUCUCGUUAUCUGGCAGCCUUGCAUGAGAUGUGUGUUGCACAUUCAGAUGAACUUCGGACACUCAGUAACGAGCGAGGUGUAAUGCAGCAUGUUCUUAAGAAGCUGUUGGCUAUUACAGAACUGCUUCAGCAAAAACAAAAUCAGUAUUCAGUGUCUAAUAACAUCAUGUAGCAAGCUGAAUUCUGCAUGGAUCCUGCAUGUCUAGCAUGGCAGCUCCCACCAGUAUCACCUUGGUUUUUUUGGCUCUUGCCAAAAACAGAACACCCUGUCAAAUUCCCAGUGAUGGGUGAACUGUACAACAAAAAAGCAAAAAUUAUUUUAGUGAAUCAUUGUACUAGCAGCUUUUUAAGCUGUCUGUACAGGACAGUUGCACUUUUCCUCUUGGAACCAGCUUUUACAUACAAUGAGUCUUGGUGUACAGUUUACCAUCUGCAAAGAAAAUGCUGUGACUGUCUUGAAAUUAGAAAAUUACUUUCAGCAUCUCCAAUUGUCAAAGCUUUUUCCGUCUUGUUGGAAAAGAAUACACAGCUGAAAGCAAUGUAUAAUUGGAUUACAUUUCUUAUUGUAAUUUCUGCCUGGUUACAAUUAUGAUGACUUUGACCAUUUCAACUACUUGACCUUCUAUUUACAGUUUGUAGAAUUUGAUGGUCAUGAUAAAACCAAUCUUUGCUGUACACUUUUUAUACUAUGUUGUUUCUCUUGCUGGAAUGUUGUCAAAAGGGAAUUUAAAGAACAGGUCUUUAAUGUGCCACUGAUUUGGUCUAAAUAAUUCUUCCUACAGUAACUAUAUCCAUCCAUAUAAAUCACAAUGCUUUAAUAAGAUGUCUAUGACAGUAAAUAAUUUUAAUUCAGUGAAUUUAUGAUUGUAUCAGACUUGCAUGCAUCCAUUAAAACAUUUUAUAAAAUAUUUA